UAAUACAUAAAUUUACGUAAAAUGCAAGGAGCGCGUAGAGUUGAACGUAGUGCAUUGUAUUAUUAUCUUGCAACAAGAUUACUUGAGAUUGAGGGAGGUAACAAUGAACAAAGAGAAACUAGAGAAAUAAGUCGUAGAUGUAAGCAGAGAAAAAAAAAUAAUUUAUUAGAUCUAAACGAAACCGAAUUUAAGAAUAGGUUUCGUCUUAGUAAAGAAGCUUUUAUAUUCUUAUGCGAUAAAUUACGUCGACAUACUUCUUUGAAGUCAACCAAACGAAUUAGCUUGGAACUUAAGGUUCUUUGUGCAUUGUCUUUUUACGCCACUGGAUCGUACCAAAGACUAGUUGGAAUGGCAAAACAUUUAGGGCAAACUACAGUCAGCAAGUACGUACCUACGAGAAGUGACCGAUGCACUUUUUAGUCCGCCAAUAUUGAAUUUUUAUAUUAAAUUUCCGACAACAAGAUAGCAAAGAGAUGCGAUAAAAAAUCAGUAAGAUGUUUGUUUAUUAAAUUAUAGCAUUUACAAUUUACAUUACCUUCAUAAACAUACAUACAUUA